CCUUCGCGCCGAGCGAACUUGGGCCGCAGGAGAAAACCCGGGCGUCAUACUGUGAAAACUCCUGUUGGGGCGGCCCAGAGGCCUCCCAGCCCCGGCCCGGCCCGCCUGCGGUCUGCGGGAGGCCCAUGUUGGGCGCCGGCUAGGCUGCACCGGACCGGCCUUCGCCCCGACCCGGCCGUUCGGACCGCCACGCUGACAGCCUGCAGCCCUCUGGACUUCUGUGGGGCUGCUGGCCGGGCCACGCGUUCGAGCACCGGUUUGUCCUAUCAAAUGAUGCUGUUUGGAAAAAUUUCCUGGCAGUUAUGCGGCUUAAAGAAACUCCCAUGGUCAUGUGACUCCAGAUACUUCUGGGGCUGGUUGAAUGCAGUGUUUAAUAAAGUGGAUCAUGAACGCAUCAGAGAUGUCGGCCCUGACAGGGCAGCCUCCGAGUGGCUGCUGCGCUGCGGGGCCAUGGUGCGCUACCAUGGCCAGGAGCGGUGGCAGAAGGACUACAACCACCUCCCAACAGGCCCUCUGGACAAAUACAAGAUUCAGGCGAUCGAUGCCACCGACUCUUGCAUCAUGGGCAUUGGAUUUGAUCACAUGGAGGGCCUUGAGUAUGUUGAAAAAAUAAGGCUAUGCAAGUGUCAUUAUAUCCAGGAUGACUGUUUGCAGCGGCUUAGUCAACUUGAAAAUUUACAAAAAAGCAUAUUGGAAAUGGAAAUAAUUUCCUGUGGAAACAUUACGGACAAAGGCAUCAUUGCUUUGUGUCACUUAAGAAACCUCAAGUAUUUGUUUCUAAGUGACCUUCCUGGAGUUAGAGAAGAAGAAACUAUUAUUCAAGCUUUCAAGACAGCACUGCCUUUUCUGGAACUAAAAUUGCACUUGAAGUAAAAUAAGAAUAAGUGUCUUAUUUAACUACAAGGGAUCAUUUGAAAUUGUUGAUCCUAAGCAGCAAAAAAUAUUAUAUAAUCAUCACUAGAACUGUAAGGACAGCAUAUCAUGACAUUUUAAAAGUGGAGAGCCCAUCAUAUGUUGAAAAUAAAUAUUAAGAUGUGACUUAUUAAAGUUACUUAAUUGGAAGUGACAAUGUAUGUACAUUAAAUCAUUUUAAGAAAAA